UGAGCAAAGCUCACAUGACAGUGGGGCUCGGCGGGGGUGCGUGUGCUGCCAUUCCCACAGCAAAAAUGCCACCGACUUUAUUCCAGAAGCUCUUCAACAAACGCAGCGGCUUGGCUUCCCCGACCAAAGGCGCGAACGAAGACCCAUCCUUCAGCUGGCCUGCUCCCGAAUUCAAUCCCACCCAGAUCAGGCUGAUCGUCUACCAGGAUUGUGAGCGGCGAGGCAGAAAUGUACUGUUCGAUUCCAAGAAAACUGAAGAAACUUCAUCUUCAAAAGUUUGCAGUGAGAUCCAAACAAAGAUUCUGGAGAAAUAUUGCCACUCGAAAUGCAAUAGUUGCAUUGGCUCAUCGGACAGCUUCUCAUCCUCCUCUUCAUCCACAUCCAACUCGAAAGAUCAGUCCUCAAAAUGCCAGAGCUCGCGACAAUCCUCAGAUGCCAACAUGCUUGGUGAGAUGAUGUUUGGUUCUGUGGCUAUGAGCUACAAAGGUUCAACUUUAAAGAUUCACCAGAUCCGGUCUCCGCCUCAACUAAUGCUCAGCAAGAUUUUCACAGCUCGUACUACUGGCAGUGUGACUGGAAGCUUGAAUACAUUACAAGACAGCCUUGAAUUUAUUAAUCAAGACACCACCACGACAAAACCUUGCACAGAUCAAAAUGUUCUGAUGAACAGUCUUGUCGGUUUCUCGCAGCUUUGCAGCCCCAGGAGGGCACUGGGUGUGUCUGAAGCAGCACCGCUCCGUCUCAUCCGGAGUGCUUCUUUCUUUGCAGUUCACAGCACCCCCAUGGACAUGCCCAGUAGAGGAAUCGACGAAGACCGUGACAGUGGCAUUACACGAUCUGCUUCCCUGAGCAGCCUGCUGAUCACGCCCUUCCCUUCACCAAGUUCCUCGUUGCCGAGUAGCUGCGCGAGCAGUUACCACCGUCGUUGGCGGCGCAGUAAGAACACCAGCCUUGAAAACGGAGUUUUCCCCAGGUGGUCCGUGGAGGAGAGUUUUAACAUGUCUGACGAAAGCUGCAGUUCCAAUCCUUCCAUUGUUCGGAAAAAGAAGAUUGCCAUUGGCAUCAUAUUUUCACUAUCUCAGGUUGAGGAGGAGAACCACAAGUUUCAUGAAUUCUUCUUUGCGCAUUUUCCUCUUUUUGAGAGUCACGUGAACCGACUGAAGUUUGCUAUUGAGCAGGCGAUGAAAUUGCGAAAUAGAAUUUCUGAGACAAACCAGCGUGUCGGUUGCAACAAGAUAGUGGAUGCUUUAAAUGAAUUCAGGACAGCAAUACUUGAUCUUUACACAAUGCCCAGGAUCACAGAGCCUGUGUGGUUGUCGAUGAUGUCGGGGGCACCAGAAAAGAACCUCCUUUGUCAGCAGCUCAUGAGAGAAUUUGCAUUAUUGAUGGAGCAAGCUUCAAAGAAUCAAUUUCUACCAGCCCUGAUCACCGCUGUGCUCACCAAUCAUCUCGCCUGGGUCCCCACGGUUAUGCCAAAUGGUCAACCACCUAUUAAGAUUUUCCUGGAAAAACAUUCCUCUCGAAGUGUUGAUAUGCUUUCAAAAUCCAACCCCUAUAAUCCUCUCUGGGCCCAAUUAGUUGAUCUGCACGGGGCGAUCGGUUCGCCCGUAAGGCUAGCGCGGACCGUGGUGAUCGGCAAGCGGCAAGAAUUGGUUCAGCGGCUGCUUCACUUCCUCACCUACUUCAUCCGGUGCUCGGAGCUGCAGGAAACCCAGCUGUUGGUGGAGGGCGAAGGCGAUGGUGACGUGAGCGAGUCGGUAAUGUCCACGUCGCUGGAGAAAGGGGAGGUGGAAGAGUCCGAGUAUGUGGUGGUCACGCUGCACCGGAACAAAAGUUCCCUUUUCCCGACCAUUUUGCAGAACUGGGACGCCCUGUCGCAGAACCAUACUCUGGGAACUCAUCAGUGCAAGAAGUGCCCCCUUCACCCCGGAAAAGAGAGGCUUGAUGGUACCGGGCAGGAAGAGGCGGGAGGUUCAAGUGAUUCAUCGGUAAGCUCCCACAGAAACUUGUGGGAAACCAGUGGUGGUCCGAGUAGCUGCGUUGAAACUCUGCCAGCCCUCUGCAGAGCCGACGCUGUUCAGCAACACAAGGAAAGCGCGCACUCGCUGCAGGAAACCAAGACUGAAAUGUUGCUGUCCGUCCGAUCCGCUGCUGUAGACCAAAGCCUCGUGGUAGAACCUGCCGUUGAGAAACAGCCUCCUGAUAAGCCUUCGCCUCCUUCCAUUCCCUGCAGUGAAAACCUUCUCCAGAGUUGUCCCAGUUCCAUCCAAAAAGUAACUUUUCAGAUUGGCGAAUCUCUCUCGCCCGACUCUGACACGGAAGCCAAGAGAAACGAGACCCACCAGGCAGUGCAGAAAGGCCUCGAGGAACUUAAACAAAGAGUCCAGGAAAAGUCAGUGAGGAGAACUCUGGGCCAAAGCAAAACCAAGGACACGUUGUCCAACACACACAGUUAUGAAUGGGAUCCUUCGCGCGAAGGAAGCAUGAGUCUAUUUGACGAAUAUUUCAACGAAGAUAAUUUAAUAGAAGCAAAAACCAUUGAUGAUCUCCCCAAGGAAGAACUGCGGGAAGUUGAGCAGCAAAAUAUUGCGGUACAGGGACUUGGUAUUCAGGACACCGAGCAGCAAUGUGGCGCGAAUGGGAGCACUUGUAUUUGCACUUGUAAAAUGUAUGUGAUGGACUUGGAGUCCCAUCCACUGAGUUCUGCUGAGCAGAACACGAGAGGCAAGACCUCUUUACAUAACUACUGUGCAAGGGAUCGUCCACAGAAACAGGGCCCGUCCGUGGUCGAGUGGGACAUUCCCAGGAAUGAAAGCUCGGACAGUGCCUUGGGGGACAGUGAGAAUGAGGACGCGGGCCAUGAAUUGCCCAAGCACAGUAACUACAGCACAGAGCAGGAUGACUGGCUGGAGCAGAUAGAGAUACCAUUUCCUGAAUCAAAUCCAAUUGAAAUAAAUAGCAACAAACCCAGCAUGGCAAACUUUGGGAGGUCUCUCUUUGGUGGAUAUUGUCCUCAUUACGUGUCAGACUUUGUUCUGCACGGUACAGGCAGCGAUGAGAAAUUGAAGCAGUGCUUGCCAGCUGACCUAACGCAUGCAGUUCAGCAUCCCGUGUUGGACGAACCCAUAGCAGAAGCCAUUUGCAUUAUCGCAGACUUGGACAAGUGGUCAGUGCAGAUUGCAAGUAGCCAGAGACGGGUUACAGACAGCAACAAGCUCGGGAAAGAAGUACUUGUAUCCAGUUUAGUAUCAAACUUGCUUCAUUCCACCCUGCAACUCUACAAACUCAAUCUGUCUCCAAACUUUUGUAUAAUGCACCUUGAAGACAGGUUACAGGAACUAUAUUUCAAAAGCAAGAUGUUGUCGGAAUACCUUAAGGGCCAAACGAGAGUACAUGUGAAGGAAUUGGGCAUGGUGUUGGGGAUUGAAUCAAGUGACUUGCCCUUGUUGGCAGCUGUGGCAAGCACCCACUCUCCAUAUGUGGCCCAAAUAUUGCUUUGAGUUUUUCAAUUGCCAAUUUUGUUCUAAACAAUUGGAAAAAGAAAUGACUGGCACAGAAUGGAAGACAGCACCAAAUGAUUUACAUUUUCCAUGCUUGGAAUCCCAUAUUACUGUCUUUAAUGGCAAAUCCCUCUGCAUGAAAAUGCCAUGGAAGAAAAUCACGCUGACGGAAGGACAAGGACUCUACUACAGAGCAAAAUGGUUGCUUUCUCAACACUGUUAGAACUGCCUACAGUUUCGGAUGGGGAGACCAAAAAGGGAUGGCAAAAUAUUCUUUGAGUUGAAACAGUACUUGAACAACCAAGAGCAAGAAUUUUCAGCUUUUUCUUCUGAUUUAAUCGAGAACUAUGAUGUUGCAUGUAUGGAAACUUUUUGACUUCAGAGAAGUCGGACUAACUCCUGUUUUUACUGAACCUGCACAUGUAUUUGCGCAUUUUUAUUUUUUGUACUCCAUGGACAGAGUAUUUGGAAAGAAAUGUUUUGUAUGUUUACUUUUACAAAAACCCACUUAAGAAUAAACUUCCAAAAAAAAAGUCUGUUUUAAUGUUUUAAGUAUAUAUUGAUGUAACUGACAACAAUUGAACAAUGCUAACCAUUGCCUUUAACUAGAGGAAUUGUGAUCUGUAAUUGCAAUUGCUUCACUUAAAAAAAUAUAUAAACAUUGAUGCAUUGAAUAAGUUGGGUAAAAUCAUACUGGAAAGAUCAGACGCAGGUUUAUAAUUUCUAUCAGUAACAGUCCUUCAGACAGGUGAUUUGACCACAACCAAUCAUUUAAACAAAAAAGAUUGUUAAUAGGGAGGGGAAAUCAAUUAAAUGCUGUACUACCUCGGUUAAUUCUGCUCCAAUGGAUUUAUCAGACUCUCAAUUCCCCGCUUUCUAGUUUAGCUGGAUUUUAUCUGUAAUGCGUCUACUAAUAUUAUACAUGAUGUUCAGUUAAUGGUGCUAAUUGAUGCAGCACAGUAGCAUGCCCAGGCACUGGCCCCGACUGCUCGUGGAUAGAGCUCAUCAGAGAAGAAACUAGGAGUGGAAGAAAAAGAAGUGUAAAUGUAGAAACAAAGAACUGCAGAUGCUGGUUUAUGCCAAAGAUAGACACAAAGCGCUGGAGUAACUCAGCGGAUCAGGCAGCAUCUCUGCAGAACAACUAUUGGUGAGUGAAAGGAUCCACUGUUUGCAUCCUUCGUUAUCACCUCUUGCCCAGCCAACAAUGGGCCAUUGUGGGCUCCACCCUCAUCUGUUGCGGCCCUGCCUUGCUCUGGCCUUUUCUUACCUCCAGUUCCCUCCCCUCUACGUUCAGUCUGAAGAAGGAUCCUGACACGAAAUGUCACCCACCCUUUUUCACCAGAGAUGCUGCCUGACCUGCUGAGUUUCUCCAGUCCUUUGUGUCUGUCUAAGAAGUGUAUAUGUUAGCGUUUAAAUUUUGAGAUCGGGACAUCAUCUUCAACAUGGGAUUUUGGACGUGGGUGGUUCAAUGCGUUCCCACUGGAUCAUGUGAACACAAAACACAGCGGAGACAAUCAUAUUUUCACCUCCAGUGAAUUCUGUGCAUCAUCCUAACUACAUUAAUUUUGUUAAUGGUAUUUGUCAACAUUUUUAUAAUAUAGUGAUUUCUCUGAGACUUUUUCAGAUCCUCAGUGCCAACGAGGUAGAGGAUGGGUUGGGAUGUGGGGAAGGAUAUCAUUUUAGCAAUCCAGUCGACCACCAUUAUGACAAGUAAAGUCAUACAGGAGCAAACAGCGAGAGUAAAAGGGUAAAAAAUGCAGACACCAAACUUAAAAUUAUCCGUCCACUCUAAAAAGAAAUAAUUAGUUACUGGCUCAUUCAUACUUUUGUAAUGGACUUCCAGUUUUAUUGCACUGGAGUCCACUCCAUCUCUGUGAGGCAACACAUUAUCUGUGCUCUUUCUUUAUCUCACUUCUGUUUUUGACCUUGGAAGAGUGAAAGGCAUUUAGAGAAGAGCCAGAGUUUAGUGCUUAUAACAGCACUAGCGUAAGCCCGCCUUCCAGUCACCACUAUGGAAACAAAGAACUGCAGACGCCAGUCAAUACACACCAUUUACUGUCUUAGUCAAGAUUAGAAUGUAGAAAACACGGGGAAAAGCGAUGAAAUAUAAAUCCUAGUUAAAAGUUAAGAGCGCCUUUUUGAAAUAUCGCAAUGUUACUGAAGUACAGAAGUAAAUAUCUUUGAUAUAUUGCUUGGAAUUUAUCCUGCACUGUGUUCUAAUGAAUUGAUUUUGUUAAUAUAAUUGCAGUCAACCUUUCUACAAUAUUUCCUAUGAUCAAGGCUCACAAUUGAAACCCCUGAUUUUUUUUUUUGAGGUAUCAAUGUACAUAUUGCAAGGUACGAUUUAGAGAACCAAAAUUAAAGUUUACUUUCGUAAGGGACACUUGGAUUGUUUGGAAGGAAUACUAUAGAUUUCUCAUCCUCUACUAGUCAAAGGCAUAAUGUUUGUACAAACACAGCUUUUCAUGCAAUAUGGUUUUAAAGUCUUAAGGGAGAUUUUGUGUAAUUUUUCAAAUAACUAUUACAAGGUAAUUUCUAAACAAUUGCGACAUGAAUGCUGAGUUUAAGAGCGGGAUAUCAUUGUAUUUAAUUUUGUCAAUUAUAAUUGUCUUUUACAGUAUUUUUUUAUUUAUCUGACUCAAAUGGAAGUUAUUGUCUACACUGCACAAAACGUCCAGGACAUCCUGUAAAUAUUCUUUCUUUCAGUGUGCACUAUGUAUUAACCAUUUGUUACUUUUGGAGAAUUCUGUGCAAUAAAUAAGUGAA